CCAUGGUGGCACACAACACAGCGCAGUGGCGGCGGACAUAGCUGCACUUUUCGUGCCGUUAACUGCAAAAGACCGCAUCAUGUUUUGUCCGUGAGUCCAUCUACCUCUUCAGAAACGGCAACCAUCAUGUUGUUGUUGGUGUGGUCGGGUUAGCAUCUUGCUUUUAGCUUACUUUUCUUUCUUCCCGACUGGGAAUGUCUCCUGUUCGCUAGCAAAGUGCUGAAGACACAAGGAAUGUCUGCGCUGAUCGCUGUCUCGAAUAGAGGGACACUUUGGACUCCGGGGAAUUAAUCAUCCAGAGACUGGACGAACUAUUCAAGUGCAAGUCAGGUGAUCCUAUUGGUGCCGGGCCGAGCAGCAUCAGCAGCAGCCCGGCAAGAGUGCUCGGCGGACGGGCUCGGGUCGUGGCCUGGCUCCGGGCACUCCCAAGCACUCGCCUCUUUUAGGGUCCUCUUAAGACAGCCAAACACCCUUUGGAUCCACACGUCGACCUCUUGGAGUUAAAUUAAGAUUCUCUUUUUAAAGGAAUUUACUGUAAAUCCACUUCCAGACGGCGGCUUGCAAACAAUGGCGUCCUAUGUGGAUAACAGCUUUCGGGAAGCGGUGAUGAUGAACCCGGCGGAUCGGACGCAACAGGACCUGGAGAUCGUCUACUCUUAUCUGCACGGGAUGGAGGCCUUGUCCAACCUACGUGAGCACCAGCUGAGGAUCAUGUGUGAGACGGUGCGUUAUGAGAGACACGAAGCCAAUGAAGUGCUCUACUACCCGGACGACAUCGGCACCUGCUGGUACAUCCUUUUAUCGGGAUCCGUGUUCAUCAAGGAGUCUAUGUUCCUGCCCAGAAGCAGUUUUGGAAAGCGAUCGGCCGGCAGCCUGAGACGUGGAUGUGAGUGCAUCGUCCUGGAACCCUCAGAGAUGAUUGUGGUGGACUAUAUGGAUGAAAAUGAGGAGUACUUCCAGCGCCAAGCCUCCCACCGACAGUCCCGCCGCCGCUUCCGGAAGAUCAAUCAGAAGGGGGAGAGGCAGACCAUCAUCGACACGGUGGAUCCGUACCCCGCCGGAAAGCCGCCCAUAGCCCGGGGGUAUCACACGGAAUGCCAUAAAGCUCAGCUCCCCGCAGACUUCAGCAGACUUCACCUGGCUGACGGCUUGCACCCACAGGUGACCCACGUGUCCUCCAGCCACUCAGGAUGUAGUAUCACCAGCGAUUCUGGAAGCAGCAGCCUGUCAGAUAUUUACCAGGCCACAGAGAACGAGCCCGGCGACAUGGACCUGAGCGGCCUGCCGGAGACCGCCGUGGACUCGGAGGAGGACGAUGACGAGGAGGACAUCGAGCGAGCGUCGGACCCGCUCAUGAGUCGGGAUAUCGUGCGGGACUGCCUGGAGAAGGACCCCAUGGACAGGACGGACGAUGACAUAGAGCAAUUACUGGAGUUCAUGCAUCAACUGCCGGCCUUCGCCAACAUGACCAUGUCUGUGAGGCGGGAGCUCUGCGCCGUCAUGGUGUUCGCUGUGGUGGAGCGCGCCGGCACCAUCGUUCUCAACGACGGCGAGGAGCUCGACUCGUGGUCGGUCAUCCUGAACGGCUCGGUGGAGGUGACGUACCCCGAGGGGCGCACUGAGAUCCUGUGCAUGGGCAACAGCUUUGGGGUGUCACCAACCAUGGAGAAGGAGUACAUGAAGGGCGCCAUGAAGACCAAGGUGGACGACUGUCAGUUUGUGUGCAUAGCCCAGCAGGAUUACUGCUGCAUCCUCAACCAGGUGGAGAAGAACAUGCAGAAGGUGGAAGAAGAAGGCGAAAUCGUCAUGGUGAAGGAGCACAGGGAACUGGACCGCACUGGGACCAGGAAAGGACACAUUGUCAUAAAGGGCACAUCGGAGCGUCUCACCAUGCACCUGGUGGAAGAGCACUCAGUGGUGGACCCUACCUACAUUGAGGACUUCCUGUUGACCUACAGGACCUUCCUCUCCAGCCCCAUGAUCGUGGGCAAGAAGCUCUUGGAGUGGUUCCACGACCCAAGUCUCAGGGACAAGGUCACACGGGUGGUCCUGCUGUGGGUGAACAAUCACUUCAAUGACUUUGAGGGUGACCCUGCCAUGACUCACUUUCUGGAAGAGUUUGAAAACAACCUAGAGAGAGAAAAAAUGUGCGGGCACCUGCGACUGUUAAACAUAGCGUGCGCCGCCAAGGCCAAGCCGCGGCUAGUGACGCUGACCAAGCCAUCCAGGGAGGCGCCGCUGGCCUUCAGCCUCCUCGGUGGGCAGGAGAAAGGCUUCCGCAUAUUCAUCGAUGGCGUGGAGCCUGGGAGCAAGGCGGCAGAGGCCGGCCUUAAACGCGGGGAUCAGAUUCUGGAGGUGAAUGGUCAGAAUUUUGAGAAUGUCCAACUCAGCAAAGCCAACGAGAUUCUGAAGAACAACACCCACUUGUCCAUAACUGUGAAAACCAAUCUGUUAGUCUUUAAAGAACUACUAACCAGGCCCGAGCAGGACCACGACAUCGACGGCGAGGAGGAGCACGACAGGAAGAACGGCGCGCCCCACCUCCCCAAGAUCGGGGACAUCAAGAAGGCCAGCCGCUACUCCAUACCUGACCUGGCGGUGGACGUGGAGCAGGUGAUGGGCCUGGAGAAGGCCAGCAAGAAGGCCAAGACCAACACUGUGGGGGGACGCAACAAGCUCAAGAAGAUCUUCGACAAGACGCUCACUAGCAUUCUGCCCCCUAAGCCCUACAACGACGUGUGCGUGGGCCAGUCGCAGGAUGACAGCAUUGUGGGCAUGAAGCAGUCCAAACAGAUCCCGCCGGCGCUGCCCGUCAGCGGCAACCUCUCAUCCUCAAACCCGGACCUCCUGCAGUCCCACCACCGCAUCCUGGACUUCAACAAUCAGCCUGAUAUGUCAGACCAGGUGUUGCGGGUCUUCAAAGCAGAUCAACAGUCGCGCUACAUCAUGAUCGGGAAGGACACCACGGCCAAGGAGGUGGUGGUCCAGGCCAUCAGGGAGUUUGCCCUGACGGCGGCGCCUGAGGCCUAUUCGCUAUGCGAGGUGUCGGUCACCCCCGAGGGCGUCAUCAAGCAGCGGCGGCUACCAGACCAGCUGUCUAAGCUAGCAGACAGGAUACAGCUCAGUGGAAGAUACUACUUGAAGAGCAACAUGGAGACGGAGACACUCUGCUCCGACGAGGACGCCCAGGACCUCCUCCGCGAGGGCCAGAUUUCACUGCUGCAGCUCAGCACGGUGGAAGUGGCCACGCAGCUGUCCAUGCGGGCCUUCGAGCUCUUCUGCGCCAUCGAGCCCACCGAGUACAUCGACGACCUGUUCAAGCUGCGCUCCAAGGCGGGCUCGGUCAGCCUCAAGCGCUUCGAGGAGGCAAUCAACCACGAGACCUUCUGGGUGGCCACUGAGGUGACGCGCGAGCCCAACCAGCUCAAGCGCAUGAAGACGGUCAAGCACUUCAUCAAGAUCGCGCUGCACUGCCGCGAGUGCAAGAACUUCAACUCCAUGUUUGCCAUCAUCAGCGGUUUGAACCUGGCGCCCGUCUCGAGGCUGCGGGGGACGUGGGAGAAGCUUCCCAGCAAGUACGAGAAGCUCUUUGGCGACCUGCAGGACCUCUUCGACCCCUCCAGGAACAUGGCCAAGUACAGGAACGUCCUCAACAAUCAGAACCUGCAGCCGCCCAUCAUCCCUCUCUUCCCUGUCAUCAAGAAGGAUCUCACCUUCCUGCACGAAGGUAACGACUCCAAAGUGGACGGCCUGGUGAACUUUGAGAAGCUAAGGAUGAUUGCCAAAGAAAUCCGCCAUGUGGGUCGCAUGGCUUCGGUCAAUAUGGACCCCGCCCUCAUGUUCAGGACCCGGAAGAAGAAGUGGAGAAGUUUAGGCAGCUCUCUGAGUCAGGGCAGCGCCAACGCGGCCGUGCUGGACGUCAACCAGACGGGCGGCCACAAGAAGCGAGUGCGCCGCAGCUCGUUCCUCAACGCCAAGAAGCUCUACGAGGACGCCCAGAUGGCCCGCAAGGUCAAGCAGUAUCUGUCCAACCUGAGCCUGGAGACCAACGAGGAGAGCCUGCAGACGCUCUCGCUGCAGUGCGAGCCCUCCAUCAGCACGCUGCCCAAGAACGCUGGCGGCAAACGACCCGACACGUCCCCCGUGGUGUCCAGAGCAGCCAGCCAACAGAGAGGCCAGCUCGCCAAAGGGAACCAGGCCCUCCAGGUGCCCGCGGUGGCCCUUUACCCUUCCCGCAAGAAGGUGCCCGUCAAGGAUCUGCCUCCUUUUGGCACCAGUUCCCCUCAGUCGCUAAAGAAGAUCCUGUCUUUGUCGGAGGAGGCCAGCGAGAGGCAUCGGAGGCAUCCAGAGGACACGGCGUCCAACGCCUCCUCCCAGCUCUCUUCGCCGCCCACCUCCCCCCAGAGCUCGCCCAGGAAGGGUUACAACCGCACGGGCGACGCCUACUCGGACUCGGGCCACAGCGAGAUCUCGUCGCGCUCCAGCCUGGUCAGUAACUUAUCCUUCGACAUGGCGCACGACGAGAGGCGGCUGCGGCACUCGGGAGGGGUCGGGGAUUCCCACGUGGGAGCCCGGCUGGAACGGCGAGCCACCACCGACCCUGACCAGUACAGCCUCGGGUCGUACUCAUCGAUGCAGGACUGUCGGGGCAUCUACGCCGGCUGCCCCACGGUGCUCUCCUCUCCCAGUUCUGAAGAGCUGACCCAGGAUCAGGGUGACCGCGUCUCCCUGGAUGCCGCCGACAGCGGCCGAGGCUCGUGGACGUCCUGCUCGUCCGGCUCCCAUGACAACAUCCAGACCAUGCAGCAGGGCCGUAGCUGGGAGACGCUGGCCUUCGGAGGGGGGCUCCCGCCCGGCGGCUCCGAGGCCUUGCUUGGUGGGCCCGCCGCGUUGUGGGCGGCCCAGGCGAGGGGGAGCUGGGCCUCGGCCAGCUCGUCCUCAUCCUCGGCCGCCUACUGGGGGGAGGACUCGGAGGGGGACACGGGCACCAUCAAGAGGAGGGGCGGCAAGGACGUCAACGCCGACCCGGAGACGAGUAGCAUCACGUCCACGGGGUCGGAGGAGGCCAAGCAGAUCGGCCGGCCGUCGCCGUCGCCCAUCACCGCUGGCUGUAAAGGUCUCAUCUCCCGGAAAGAGGGGCGAUACCGCGAGCCUCCACCGACCCCGCCCGGCUACACGGCCUUGACCAUCUCCGACCUCGCCGAAGGCCAGCACCCGCCCUCGCCGGCCCCCGUGUCCACCGCCACCAACACCAGCGCCACCACCACGGCGCCGUCGCGCCGGCCGCCUGACUACACCACGGCGCUGCAGCGCUCGCGCAUGGUGACGCAGUCGCCCGACUCGCAAGCCCACCAGCAGACGGCCAAGCAGAGGGGCGGCGGCGGCGGGGGCCUUCAGCGCACGCGCUCGCCUGCGGAGGACCACGAGGUGGAGGAGGAAGAGGAGGGUGAGUCCUUGUCUCCCAAACUUGUCGCUCUGAGGAAGCCGAGGGCGCAGCGUACAUCCCAGACGCCCCGACCGUGACAAGAGUGUGUGUGCAGGGGGGGGUGUAAAAAAGGCAGGGCCCCUCCCCCCCACGGCAGGUAAAGACUGAUUUAUCAGCUAGCCCCUCCCCUCCUCUCAAUGCAUGGACACACACUUGGACUGAGACCACUCACACUACUUCCUGAAGGGGGGUGGCUCCACCCCCUAGACCCCACCCAAUUCCAAAUCACGAUUCUGUUGCGACCUUUACCGUCGUGGGACUCUCAUGCAUGCUUGCAGAAGCACAACAACACCACCGCACCCACUCUCCUGCACCACCCCCACCCCCACCCCACCAGGCCCCCGGCUGGACUCUCUUCUGUUAGUAGCAAACUUUCAUACCUGCACUGGUCCAACACAACAUGCACCACCAUGCACACCCCUAAGGAUUAUGGCUGGAGUGCUUUGGAGUACAUGCUAGCAUGCACGUCACACAAGUUGGGAAUGACUUGUGGACAACUGGUUGAGAAGUCCCGCCCCCGGCACCCCUGGCAAGACGUUUUGCUUGACGGCGGCCAUGUUUAGUGAACAUGCAUGUGCUUGUCACACCCCUAAAGCUGCGUGCCAGAUUUGGUGUUGAUUCGGCUGAGCGCCUUAAAGUUGCAGUGUCGUGUGUGUGAGAAGUUUCAAGUUGUUCUGACUGUUGAGGUGUAAUAACAGCGCCACCAUGUGGCGUACUUGUCAGAGAAAUAACAUCACAGGCAACGCAGCCGGGGGGGGGGGGGGCGCAUGCUUCGACACGUUUGACACGAGUAGAAGCGUUGACCACGUAGCUAAACGAGAUGCUGACCUCUCUCUCCUCCGUCUCUCUGCAGACGACGAGCAGGUGUCGGCAGUCUGAGGGGCCACGCCCGGGGCUGGAUGGACGGGAUGGACGGACGCAGAAGCGGGCGGGGGUUAAAGAGACUCAUCAGUUACGUACGUGCCUGCUCUGCCUCCUGAUUGGUGGACGACUCCUCCUCCCCCCUGCCUUAAAGCAUCAUGGGGGGUUGAACGACCCUGCAUGCAAAAAAUAAAACAAAUACUGUGAAGAAGAAGAAGAGAAGAAGAAGAAGAGGUCAAACGCUUGGCACUUUGGACAAUAAUGAAUACAAAAAACCCCACAGACUCGCACGUGGUGGACAAGUGUUGGACGUCCCCGUGCACUUUGACAAGCAGAGGACAGUCUGGAUGUGAUGUUUGCACUUUGCUCGUCUCUCCAUCAAGUGUUUGAACCGUCGACCCCCCCCCAACUCCCCCAGUAUUAGCGCACACACACAAAAACCUAGCACUUUGAGCACAAUGCUAGCGGACACGCGGCCUCCUGGACACCAGGGUAAGAGUGGACCAUCAAUGGAUCAUCUUCGUCUUCUGCCCAAAAGCACAAAAACAAGUUGAGAAGGGAGGGGGGGCCGGCCUGAGGACUGAAAGUACAAGGGGGGGGGGGCCUGUCAAUCAUGACCUCCUCUUUUAAAGAAGAUGACAACAUUGUGUGAAUGUCCAAAGCGCCUUACAAACUACAUGACUGCUUCUUUUUAGGAUCAAAGGAGACACCCCCCCCCCCCCCCCCCCCCUCCAAAUUCCCCCCAAAGCCCCACCCCUCCACUAGCAGAGUGAAAUGCCUUAUUGGAGAUGAUUCCCCUCUUCUCUCAUGGCCGCUUCCUUCCAACAUCCUCAAACCCCCCCCCCCCAAGCAUCACAUGACGCCCACCUUGCAACGCGCUGACUGAACACUUUUCCUUUUUCCAGACUUCGGUGGAGAAGUAAAAAAAAAAAAAAAAAGACACCAAGGACCAUCACCAGCACGCUGAAAUGAUGUAAUAUGGACACACGACCACAGUUACGGAGAACGGUGUCAUUUUACCAGAAUAAAUUCUUUUUAUGAGAAUAAAGUUGUAGUGUUAAGGAGGAAAUCUUAGAUUUUUACGAGAAUUGUUUAUAUGAUUAUAAAAUUAUUAGUCAAAAUAAUACAGGAAAAAAUGAUAGAAUAUAAUAUGUACAUUAAUAUCAUAUUGUCAGGAUGAAGUCAGAAUAAUACAGGAAAAAAUAUCCAACAUAAGUGAUAUCUAAUCAUUCCUUCCUGUCAAUUCAAUCAAAAUAUGAGCAAAAGGAAAACAAAGGGUGGGGACAAACCAAGAUGAAGUCAAAGUAUUACAUCAUAAAAUUCCCAGCAGAAAAAAAGGAGGCAAAGAAAUUACAAUUUUACCAGGAUAAAGUGAAUAUAAUACCUGGUGGAAAAAAAAUCCUAAUUUUAAUAGAAUGAUGGCAAUAGUAAGAGAGGAGUUAUAUGAUUAAACAGAUUAUUAAUACCCAAGAACCCGUUUCUAAUGAACAAAUAAGUCUUAAUUUUACGAGACUAACAUCAUAAAAUUACCGGGGGGAAAAAAGUAUAGUUUAUGAAUGAUUGACAUUUCAUAUUUUCUCAUAAUUUCAUGAGUAACCUGACUUUUUCCCCACAGUAGACAAAAAAAAAGAAUUUAUCCUGGUAAUUUGACAACUUUGUCUCCGUAACGUUUCAAUGUCGCGUGUCCAUCUUUAUUCGUGCAAGUUGACAACUGUUCCGGUGACGGGGGUAUUUUGGUUUCAGCGUGGUGCCGAUAGUUCCUGGUAGAGUCGGGAAUCGCAGAUUGACGCUGAUCACAUUGAUCAGUUUUGGAGGAGAUUUCAAACAGACAGAAAGGAGACUGAUGGGGAAACGCUGCUGUGUUUUCCACUGCGACGACACACUAAAAACAAAACAUGUUUUUUUUUGUGGUAUCGUGAUCUACUUUGUUUUGUACGCUCCAUGGCGUUUUUGUGGACGAGCGGUCGGGCUGCCAGCUCCUUUGAAAAAGUACCGUUGCACAAAGAGCGUAAAGAUUUGGUGUAGUGGCCGUAGAAGUGCUACUGUUUUUUUGACGUGUGAUGUCGGUGAAGACGUGUACAUUUAGCUGGUGAUGUUCUCUCUUCCUUCUUGUACUCCUACCGCUGCUUGCACCUCUAUGUCUUUUACAAAGACCAUUGGUGGGGUACUGGAACUAUCUUUUGCUUUCCUUUCUUUUCUUUUUGUAUUUUUAAUACAAUAAUUGUACAUAUUGGUUAUAUUUUUGUUGAAAUGUAUUAUUGUUUAUGCCUCAACAUCCAGUUUGUAUGAAAAGCUGGGAAUCAAUAAAUACUGCAUACAGAAUCCUGUCAACACA